AAUACUGUACAUACAUGUAACGUCUUUCUCGAAAAUUUGUUCGGUUCAUAUUAUCCAUAUAGCAACCAUUUAAAAUUUGAUUUCCUUCAAUUAAAAUAUUAUAUGCCUACUCCGGAAGAUUUAAAGCUUAAACAGCUCCUUCACCCAGCUCUUCUAUGGGCCCAAAGAUCUGAUGUAGUGUAUUUAACUGUUUGCGUCGAAGAUUGUAAAAAUCCCGAAAUUGAUUUAAAUACAAAUGAAUUAAAAUUCAAAGGAAUUGGUGGAUCUGAACAUAAACCUUAUUCUUUUAAUAUUAAGUUUUAUGAAGAAAUUGACCCAGAUAAAUCGAAACAUACUAUACGCCCUAGAAAUAUUGAAUUUGUUCUUACAAAAAAAGAAGUAGGACCAUUUUGGCCAUCCUUAACAAAAGAUAAAAAACAACCAUUUGUUAGAACAGAUUUUCAAAAAUGGAAAGAUGAAGAUGAUUCAGAGUAUGAAAUGGGAGAAUCAGCUAGUCCAGCUGGAGAUUUUGACCUGCAAUCAAUGAUGCACAAGAUGGGUGGUUUAGAUGGGAAACAAGAUUUGGGAGAUUUAGAUGAUGAUAUGCCUGAAAGUGAAGAAGAUGAUGAGGAUGAUUUACCUGAAUUAGGAUCAGGAGAACAUGAAGAAAAAAUUGAUGAUGUAAAAGAGAAUAAAGAAAUUAAGACUUAAAAUAAAUCUCAUUUUUAACUUCUCUCUCUUAAACUACUAAAUAUAUCAAAAUGUAUAUAUUGCAAUAUUUUAAGUCAAUUCCAAUUUAUAAGUUUAUAAUAACCCUUGUAUAAUAAUAAUGUAAACUCUUAUUUUAUGGCUUAUU